AUACUUGUUAAUACUAUGCAUCCUUUUGAAUAACCAUACUCCUACUUUAUUUAUGCUCCUACCAAUAUUUGCCUUCACUUAAUGACCAUAUAGACAACGUAAUUGAUUCUAACAACCAUUCUGAAAAAACUAAGCUUUAUAAACUUUAGGUCCAUAUUACGUGUAUUAUUUAAGUUGGGCCGCAAUAAUAUAUUUAUCUUAUAUAUCCAUUACAUUAAAAACGAGAAUUCAUAUUUUUUCCAUACAUCUGCUUCGGCGAGUGAACUUUGUAAAACUAUUAGAAUAUCUUUACAAAGUAAUGAAUCUACUAAAUAUUUUUUCCUAGAUAUACAUACAUAAUUUUUGUCUAAAUCACCAUUUUCAUUACAUUGUUUCCAAAUUCAAAUAUUUUAGUCUUCUAAAGCCAUAAUUAGCCCCACACCCAAAGAGCGUAAGAAUAAAAGACGAAUUUUCCCCAAUAUUCGAAGCUUACGAUUGAAAAUCACAAGCUUGAAUAAAGAAGCUUGACUUUAGAGCAUUUUGAUUUCGAAUCUGAUUUCUGUUUUUGAGAGAGAGAGAGAGAGAGAGAGAGAGAGAGUGAAAAUGGGCUCUAAAGACAGCGUUAGAAAGAUGAUUCAGAGUUUGAAAGAGAUCGUGAACUGUUCCGACUCAGAGAUCUACACGAUGCUUGUGGAGUGCCAUAUGGAUCCUAACGAAACCGUUAUUCGUCUCAUUUCUCAAGAUGCUUUUCAAGAGGUGAAGAGCAAGCGAGACGAGAAAAAAGACACUAAAGAUCAAGCAGAGUCAUCGAGACGUGGAAUCCCAAAUCGUGGAGCUAGAAACAGUGCUAAGUCCAGUUACAACACCGCUCGAGGUGGCGGCAACAAAUUUAACUCCAAUGAGACAAGACUUGCCCAAAGAGGGAAGGGAGCACGUAACCAUUGGGCUGGCUCUUCAGCACCAAACAGUGAUCGUCCUAAAAACGCUGAAGUUAAGGAAGCAGAACCAGCGGGUCCAACUGGUGCAGCUUCUUCCUCUUUGCUGCCAGCACCAGCGUAUCAAUCCGCUUGGGCCAAAGCUAACCCCGGGAAGAAAACUAUGGCUGAGAUUGUGAAAAUGGGUAAGCCUCUUCAUCAGAAGAAAGUCAGUGCGCCUCGUUCAUCAGAGACGCAAGAGAGUGGAAGCAAAGCCCCUUUGAAAGAUGAAGGGUCUUCAACUGAGAAGCAAGAGAGUGGAAGCAAAGCCCCUUUGAAAGAUGAAGGGUCUUCACUUGAGAAGCAAGAGAGUGGAAGCAAAGAUCCUUUGAAAGAUGAAGAAUCUUCAUUUGAAACGCAAGAGAGUGGAAGCAAAGCUCCUUUGAAAGAUGAAGGGUCUUCAUUUGAGAUGCAAGAUGUUUCUGAUCCAGUGCCUUCUCUCUUGAAACCAUUUUUUGAACCUAAAACACAUGCCGACCAAGUUAGCGAGCCUCAACAUGUGGAUGAGUCUCAAAUGAAUGAUGAGGUCCUCGAGACGAAAACAAAUCAAGUUGCAAUUCAUCCUGAUCUAGACCAGGUUGCGCAAUUGUCACACUUGAGGUUUGGUAGCUUUGGCUUGAUAGGAUCAGGCCGAGCUAGUAGUCGCUUUAAUUAUAACUUGGAGGACACGCAAGAGACAGAAGAAAAUUCAUCUUUCAGACAACAUGAUACUAACUUCUAUGGAGGGGAAGAAGAACUUAGAUAUAAUGCUACUGAUGAACAAACAUCCUAUCAAAUAGAUUCGACCGCUAGAAACUACCAUGCUUCAUCAGAUUCUGAAAGAGAAGCGGCACAUCAUGAAGAACCUCCUCAAGAAGAUCCAUAUAUGCAGAAUCUUGACAGCUUCUUCACCAACGUAAUGGAUCUAAGAGAUGAGAGUAUUUCUCCUCCCGGUGGAGGACAACAAGCAGCAGCUCUUUAUCAACAUCCCGCCUUAUACCCAUACUUUAAUCAACAUGGAAUGCCAUUAGGGUAUCAUGGUAACUUCAUAAGUGAUCCAUUCAUGCCCCAUGGUUACAUGCAUCCAGGUUUUCAGCAAGUGUUUCCUGUUGGUAACCAUCAGGUUCCUCUAGUUGUGGUUAUUCCUCCCUCUGCCUCAUCACUUCAGCAGCAGCAGAACGAAAACACAUUUGCCUGGCAACGACCACACAUGCGUGUGGCUCCCAGUGGCGAAGUUUACAUCUACAGUGUUAAUCCAAACAUGCAACCUCCCGGUUUCGUUCAAGCCCAACAACUGCACCAGCAACAGCUGUCUCAACAAGCUUUAAUAUCACUGGACCAACUCCAUCAUCAGCAUCAGCAUCAGCAUCAUCAACAAAGUGCUGGAGAGGCGUCUAGUCAGACUCAAGAACAGCUAUGGCCCAAUAACAACUAG